AUGACGGAAGAGUUGCAAGGCUUGGUGGCAGCGUACUGGCCCUUCCGAGACGUCCUGGACCCGGACGACAGCGAGUAUGCGCCCAGAGAAGCGUCGUGUGUGAAGAUCAGCGACGCGUUGGGUCGCAUCGGGGAAGCCAACUCCGGGUUGUACGCGUUUCGGGGCUCGGAUUGCGACCUCCCCGCUCUACCUGGCCUGGUAGUACGAGACGCCGGUCGAUCAGUACCGGCAGACCAGGUGUGGAUGAAGAACCCGGAAUGGAAUCACAAAAUGGGGGACCUCGGGGCGUCGGUGGGGGAGAAAUUGGGCUUCCAGGACGCGCUGCUAGACGUUAUUCUGUCCAAAUUGAUGGUGUUCGGACCAGGUAGUCGCUUGGACAAGUGGGUGGAUCAUGUAGAGGAGGAGGACGUGGUGGCGACUCUGGUGGUGCAGCUGCCGUCGUUGCAUGAGAGAGGGGAGCUGAUGGUAUAUGACGACGAAGACGCGGCCAAGAAGUACGCAUUUGAUUUCGAGAAGUCGACGGGCACUGCGGCUUUCAAGCCAAGCUAUGCGGUGUAUGUGGUGGGCACGGAGUAUGAAGUGACCGAGGUGAAGAGUGGAUACCGAGUAGUUCUGGUGUACUCGAUACGCUUACCGCCGGAUGAAACGGCGGAUGUGGAAAAUCGGUCGAGGAGAUUUGUGCAAAAGAUGCUGAAAGAUGCUGUUGCAGAGUUUAGUGGGUCGAAUGAGGCUUUUGCGCUCCUGCUGAAGAACAACUACGGCGGUUUUGAGGCGUUUGAAGCUCGACAGGAGGAGCAUCUGGCUGGUGUUGACCAUGCUAGGUUCCAAGCGCUGCUAAAAGCCAACAAUCUGGUUCCUCAUGACAAGAGAAUCAAGGAGAAGUUUGAGGCAACGGUGUGGCUCUCGGCGAAGGAUGGCAUCGUGCCUGAUUGGGAUAGUGAUAAUGCUGCAGACUCGACUUUGGAGUGGACGUCACAACUCAACUUCUUGAAUCCAGAUCACCAGCAGGAAAAUAACGACGUCUCGGACACAAUCGUUUCCCAGUACACGAAAUUCUGUCGCAAUCUGUGCAAGGCCAUAACGGCAACAGGCGAUGUGGAGCUAGCCUGGCUGUUUAUCAUUCGAUACUUCGACCGCGUCCAAAGGAAGGGGCUACUUGCCGACUUUCUGGGCGAACUCUUGGAGAAGCUUGGUUGGAUUGCUGUUCAUGAGCCAAUCACCAACGCCAUUAACCGAAUGGCCCCCUUUGAAGCCAUGGAAUUUGUGCUUGAGAUGACCGAGUAUUUGAGCGACGAGGAUGCCGUUAGUACCAUGAGACUGCUUGCUGUGUCCAAGGCCCAGCAGAUACCUAUCCUGGCGCUGGCUGCAUCCCGAUCGAUUGGACAGUUGUGGAAGGCGGCUACAAGAUUUAAAGACAAGAGCUUAUUCCCCGUCAUCGAAAGUCUGUUUCAGCGAAUGGAAACAGAUGCAAUUGGUCCUGUGGUGGGGGUGAUCGCGCGAACGGUGGACACCAGCACAUCACCCGAAGGACGUGCUGUCUCAACCUCACUACUCUCAAGACGGCGUCGAUGGCUACAAGACGAAGUGUCACGGCUGAAGUCUUGGGAAAUGCCCGAGGCUGAGUUUCCUGGGCAUGCAGGAGUGGAGGCAUUUCUUCGUGGACCAAAGGCCUCGUUCGUGAUCAGUGGGUUCUCUGACAUCAUGGGAGCGGAAAAGUUUAUCACAUAUCACCAGUCUCAAACGAAGCAAAGUGUGUCAUAUAUCAUGACAGCACACGGCAGUGGGAUGAACGCCAUUGUGAUUGUCACGAAGACGCGCGAGCAUCAUCACCCGUCGAAGCACGAACUUGAUGAAUUGACGGCAGAGCUAACACGCCUAGCUCAGAUCUGCCCACUUGCUUCUGCCGGUGUAGAAGUCAGUGGUUAUAAACGGCCUCGAACGGAAACAUCCAGCGAUGAACCAUCAGGGUCGAAACAGCGACGAGAACGGACGAGUGAAGAUUUCAUGGGAUCUUCUGGAAGUUUAAUGCAAGCCAAAGGCAUGCCAGCAAGUGACGGCAAUGUGCCGCCAUCAGCGUGA